AUGGCUGUAGUAUUUGAUCCGAACGAGACAGGUGGAAGUGAUGCGGCGGAGCUUGCAAUGGUUAUGCAAAAACCAGAAAGUAGUGAAGAAAUAUACAAACUACCUUAUAUGGAUCUUACUGUUUCAAGCUCAGCGUUGGAAUUCUUGUUAUAUGCUCGAAUGAUUGAUGCGUAUAAGAUCGAAUUGCGUAUGGAGACAUUCCAUAAGACCAACAAAACUGUGUUGCUUAGAUCUUUACAAAAUAAUAGCAGGCAAACUCCACAGUUGGGACUGUUUAUGGCAUCAGUUGUGAACGACUAUCUGGUUAUGGAACCAUCAGUGGUUGAUGCUGUUAUUACAAAACUUGCACUGGACAGAAAGUAUGAAAUGCUUGUUGAUCUGCUGAAGUAUUGUGCAAUGCAUACGAAUUUGUCGUUUAUCAGAGGAAUCGAACUAAAAUGGUCUCACGCUGCACGAUGGCUUUUUUCUUUAAUUGCUAUAAAAAAUAUUGUCAUAUUCUAA